GGAGAGGCGGAGGGCAGGCGGGCUGGGCGAGGGUCGGGCGCGGGCGGCUCCUUCUCCCCUCUCUGGGAGAAGCCGAGUGCCUGCUCCGAAGGGCAUCUCUGCGGGCGUGAGGGGUUCGGCACUCGCUGUUCGGGGUCUUCUCCGCGGCCUUCGCCUGUCCCCCACCCUGCCUGUCCCCGACCCUGCCGCCUUUCCCUUGUCCGUGACACCGCGCCGCGCACCCCCAAGCCACUCGGCUCGGACACCUCUCUUCGGGGCCAUGAUACACUUUUUCUUUAUUACAGAGCUGUCAUAAAUAAUUUAGCCCUGAAAGUGGCUUGUUUCAACACACGGCUCGUCACUGGCACUGCCAAGUCGCCGUCUCUGGGCUAUUUCCUUCUCACCUGGGUGGCUUUGGAGGAGGAUGGGCUCCGUCAGUAGUGGUAUAAGCGGGUGGGAGCAAAAGAUCGUGCUUAGAAGAUUUGUGUAUCAGCCCUCAAAUGCCUUGUUUAGAAAACAAUAAUAAUAUUAGGGACUUGCAGCUUGCAUUCCAUUAAUGCUAGUGAAAAUGAGUUUCUCACAUCUACCGUUUCUGUUUUCCUCCCUGCAGUCAGGUGUUCACAAAGUGAGAAAGUCUACUUUUCUUUUUCAGGAGGUUUUACAGAUUGAGCUGUCUGUAUAUUGACUGGCUGAGCGGGACUACUCUGUUUCAUUGAUGAAUGAGGUUCAGAAGGGUUAUAAGUACAAGCUGCAGCUCUCUAGAGUUUGAAAGACUACUGUAUCCACUUUCUACCUAGCAAGACUUGCAUAUGCUUUAUGGGAUGGUGGCACACUUGUAAAAAACUGAGGAGAAAGACACAGAGGGAAAGCAGCUACACAGUUCCAUGUCAUUCUGGAAUACUGCUGAAAAUGCAGUAGCCUCCUGCCUCCAGACUCUUUAGGUCACAGGAAGUUUCUGACUGUAAAUCUCAACGCUGUGUCUUACAACACAGGCUCAAAAUUAGCCAUCACCAUACCCCAUUUAAAACAUUGUGCUGGUCUCAUUGAAGGCAAGUGAAGUUUCUACUAGCUCUUUCUGUAAGGUCCAGUCUUGUGAAGUUUAUAUUCUUUGGAGAGGAAAAAAAGCACGGUCCUAUCCUGUGGCAAGAACAAUUCAGUUUCAUUUUUCUGGAGAAGAAGUGAGAAGUAACUCAAGAAAAUGACUCUGGUGAUUUUUUUUUUAAUGUUUAUCAUGGAGUCUUCCACUAAGAAGCUGUGUCCCCUUCGUGCCUCCAUUGAUGUGCUAGAAGGGGAAUUUUUUUUCCUUUGUUAUCCUGAGUCAAGGCAAGAGCAUUUUCAGGAGGAAGCAUACACAAUAAACUGGUACAGAGAAAAUGCUGGAAAGCAGCAACUGAUAAAGGAAACACACAGAAUUGUUUCACGAAUGAAUUUUCUGGAGUUUUGGCCAGCUGAACUCAGUGACUCUGGGAAUUACUCUGUCACUCACAGCAAUGGAAAACAACAUUUCAUAAUUCAAAAGUGGACCCUGAAUGUAAUUGAAAGAAAUGAAAGCAGCUGUUUCAACAAGAAUCAUUUAACUACAGAAAUAAAAAAUGCUGGAACUGGUCAUUCACUGAAAUGCAGUGAUUUGUCUGUCAGUGAAAAUGACAGCAUAACAUGGUACAAGGACUGUAAGAAUUAUGAACAUGAAACAGAGAGGGAACUGCAUUUUGGAACCUUAACAGCACAGCACUCUGGGAUAUAUACCUGUAAAAUUUUAAUCAGUCAUGAAGGAAAGAUAUAUCACAGCACAAACACAAUUAAAUUGGUAGUAGAAGAAGAUGCACCAGAGGCUGUAACUUUGGAGAUAAUUGGACCCCAUGAAGAAAUUGAAACAGAAAUAGGUAAAGAAGAGAUACUCAAUUGCACAGGUUUCUUGGGUUAUUAUAUGCAAGAAGAUGCCAGCCUCUACUGGUUAAUUAACCAGACGUUUCCAGAACAAUGCACAGGUAUCCCUGAGAAUGAACCUUCAAUAUGUGAAGAAGAGUUCAAAAAAUUACAGUUGGGAAACAAGUUUUAUGUCACAAGGCUACUCCGGAUUAAAAAAGUAACAGAUGAGGACAUGCGUCAUAAUUUCACCUGCAUGUUGCAAGCUGAUGAAAGCACACAGAUAAAAAUAGUAAAACUGAAGAAAGGGAGCACCCAAGAUCUGCCUGUGCACAUAUUUACAACUGGAAUGGUCCUUGCUCUACUAUUUCCGUUUGUUGCUGUAGCUGCAGUGUUUGUUUGUGUGAUGUUUAGGGUGGACUUAGUUCUAUUUUACAGGAAUAUAUGCAGAAGAGAUGACACUGCUGGAGAUGGAAAAGAGUAUGAUGCAUUUGUGUCUUACCUGAAAGACUGUGUUUCUUCAAUUGAAGAAGAGAGAGAAUUUGCCUUGAAGGUAUUACCCAUGAUAUUAGAAGAAAACUUUGGGUACAAGUUAUGUAUAUUUGAGAGGGAUGUAUUCCCUGGAGGAGCAGCUGUUGACGAUAUCCAUUCAUUCAUUGAUAAAAGCCGAAGAUUAAUCAUUAUACUGAGCCAGAACUAUGUUUCUGACAGAGCCAUAUACGAACUUGAGAGUGGACUGCAUAAAGCCCUCGUUGAAAGAAAAACUAAAAUCAUAUUAAUUGAAUAUAUGCCUAUAAGUGACUACAGUUUCUUGCCCGAAUCACUGUCUCUUUUACCAUCAAAGAGGGUUGUGAAGUGGAAGAAGGAUAAAUCUCUUCCUGUGAAUUCCAGAUUUUGGAAGAACCUUCGGUACCUGAUGCCAGCAAAACCUACCAAGAUAAAUACCCAAAGGCACUAUAAUCUUGACCUAGGCUCAAAAGCUGCUCAACCAUGGAUUGAGGACUGUGACUUUAAUGCCAUCAUAUAACAAGUCUGGCGACAGAAGAUGUUGCAGAAAACGGGAAAUUCUGCUAAUAAAACUAAAUUAUAUUUUGGAAAAUAGUGUUCAUAAGAGGCCAUCUCUGACAUUUGAGAAGAAUGUAGAAGAAUGUAAAAGCUUUUACAGUGAUGAGGAUUGUGUUAAUCCCAGUGCUAGAUACUGUCCUAGGGAGUUUCCUCAGCAAUCUGCACAGGGAGCAGAAGUUUCAUUCUGCUUAGAACUUACCACAUGGCACAAAACACAAUGAAAAACAUUUUUAUUUCACAUUUUUCCGUAAUGUAGAACGAUAAUAGUUUUACUUGCAUAUUUUUUGAGGCCCUUAAUAAAUAUAUUAGUAUUUGCAAUAUCUUAUUUUUACUUAGAUGCUCUUUGUUUUGUAUUUUGGUAUUUUCUAAGGAUCCUGAUUGGAAAUAGACCCGAACAGCUCUGCCCUACAGAGUUUGGCAUGCAGGCUUUGGGCAAUGUCAAGCAGAAAAAACAAAUGAAAACGGAGAACAGGGAGAUUAGAAAUAAUAGGGCAGAUUUGGAUGGGUUAACAAUAUUUGCUAGUGAGCUGUACAUGGUAUAGACAAGCCAAGUGGGAAUGAUUUGGAGAAAUGGUAAAGACUUUACAUCCUAUUUCACUGAGAAGAAUGUAAAUGCUCAUUUUGGCAGAGAGAGGACGGAGAUGAGAUAUAAGCAAUUAAAGGUCUAAUGUGUUAUACUACGCAUGUGAAUAUGCAUAGUGCACAUGGCUUGUGAAAAGUGCUGGACUGAGUCUACCCUCUAUGAGAAUCAGCUACUAGAAACUGAGCUUGAAUUUCCCCUUCACCUCAGCUUGGAGAGAUGAUGUGACUGCAUAUACUUGCUACACCUCAUGAACCUGUAUCCUGAAGCCUGUGACACCAUACAGAAUUUAUCCUGAGAUUUUACACAAUAACGGAGGACUGUACAUAAGGGAGGUUGAAAGCUAAAUGGCAUUAACUCCAAAGUUGUUUGAAUGCCAGCAAAGCAGAUGUAUGUUGAACUACUCAACAUCUGUAAAAGGGGAAACUUUUUUGCACAGAAAGGUAUCGUGACAUAGUAAUUUAAUCUCUAUAGCUGAUUCUCACUGCUGCCUGUGCAGUGGUAAAGGGAGACAAGGGAAAUAAAUAAGGAUAUGCAUACUCAUACUAACACCAGAUGUUGUUCUUAUUGCUCCAAUAUCCUGAAUUACUGACAUUAAUCAGGGCUUGGAAAUACCUGCUUUCUGUUUACCAGUCCAUAGAGAAAAGGAACUGUUAAUGCUACUUUUAUAGACUAUAGUUGUGAUGUUUUGCCUGCUCAUGUGUAUGUCGAUGUCGAAGUGAAUUCACAUGAUAGUUGAUUUGAGGUAAUGGGUCAUGUCCGUGAUUUAUAUUGAGGUUUUUUGUAUCAUUUUUUCACGUAAUAAAACUUUAUU